AUUGGUUUUAACUUAACGAUAAAUUUUCUUUAUACCGAUAAUCAAAGAGCCGAUAAAUAAUAAUUAUACUAGUAUUACUACGAGUUUUUUGCGAAGGCUAAGUUAAAUUCAGUAUCUGCCGCUGGGUGUCGUUAAUGUCGCCACUACACAUGCAUUUUAGGUCGCAAAGUUAAUCCUCGAUAUUUAGUUCAGCAAUGUUAUUAACGGGUGCCGUACGUGCUUCGAGAAACCGUUUGCCAUCGUUGAUAGCAAAUUUAAAAAAGCGUCACAUAAAGACGUCAUGUGCUCUACAGGAUAUGGAGGACACGCAUAUGCACACACACGAUGCUGCAGUCAUUCAAGGUGAUCCAGUUGUGCGACCUCCUCGCGUGCUGCCUCUUGUCACAAGCCGCACGCUGCAGUUCCCGAAUCCUUAUCGGACGCCUGCGCAGGCCUGGCUAGAGAACAUGGACACGGUGCAGGCGGAGAAGCUUGGUAUCGUCGACCUGCAUCCUGACGUCUUUUCAGUCAUGCCCAGGUGCGUGGAUGCUUCCGAUGCUUCCACACGGGACGGUAAUGAAAUAUUGUUGUCACCAGGUGGUAUCAUAGGCCCUAGAGGACCAAAGUCUUACUUUUACAUGCUGCCAAAGUCUGAACGUAUUGUGGGCCUCACAACUGCUUUAUCGGUGAAGCUUAUGCAGAACUAUUUACACAUUGUAGACACUUUGGAUAUCCCAACAGAUGAUUCACAGUUUUUAGAAGACAUGGCAGAAGAAAGAAACUGGGGCUUGUCAGUUCUAUUUAUUGAUGAUGUUGACAUCAUAUCAGAGAACAUGGCUUUGGCACUAGAUAAUGUUCCUAGUUUUAACGUAAUGCCCGUAUAUGGUUUGAACGUGUACAGCAUGCUGAAGCACGAGACGCUCGUCCUCACGAUGGCCGCGCUCGAACGCAUCGAGGACCGACUGCUCACGCAUCUCCACAGCUUCACUCGCACGGACGACGUCACGCGAUCCACGGCUCCCUGCUUUCCAUAGCGACGCCCGCCGCACGCUACGUGCUGCGGGGUCUCGCGCGGAAAAUCUGCCGCGUGCGCGCGAUCUGCAGCGUCAGUUUGACUGGAAGGUGGCGCCGCCUAUAGACGGAUUAACAAAUCACACAGCUUCGAUCGUGCGGCGGUGGAAAGUCGAUUCCCCGGUGAGCGGGUCUGCCCUCAUGUUCGAUGUGUGGAAAUCGCUAUGGGGGAUUACUCAUCCUCGUCUACUUAUUUGUGCGGACGCGUUUCACUGUUUGCAAAGGGAAAAAAUGAUUUCGGAUGUUAUCGUAUGUCAAGUAGUACGUACGCGUGCUGUGAGUGUAUCUUUACUCUGAGUAUAGAUAUGGUCGUGGUGUUACAAAUACCUGACUGAGUAGCCUCCACAUAGUGUUUUCACAGUGUUUUCGUUAAUAUUGCUACUGGACAGGUUGAUAACAGUAUGCAAAUAAAAUCACUACUUGUAAUUAUAUAAUACAUUCA